ACAGUGACAUUUGACAAUUCAUCGGCGAAUUUCUUAAUUAGAUUUUAAAACUUUAAUUUUUACAUAACUUUUUAUUAUUAUUUGUGUUUAAUAUUGAUUUUUUAUUAAUUUAAAUACAAAAUGUCACAUCUAGCCGUAUUGCGGCAUAUAUCCGUCCAUUCAAAACGACUCAUAACUCCCUCUGCAAUCGCCAAUCAUCAGCAACGUUUCUAUGCCCAACCUCAAGAAAAACCCUCAUCAGGAUCUCUUACGAAAGCCAGUGAUAGGACAGAUGUUUCCACUGAUGUUCGGCCACUUGGUGAAAAAAUCAAAGAAAAUACCAAAACUGCUUCGUACAUGGGAGUAAUUCUUUUGGGUGUUGGAGUAACAGGAGCGUUAUUCUAUGCGGUUUUUAAAGAACUCUUCUCGUCCAACAGUCCAAAUAACAUCUAUUCAAGGGCUUUGGAGCGAGUAAAGGAGGAACCUAGAGUACAAGACGUCCUAGGUGCACCAAUCAAAGGAUUUGGUGAGGAAUCGAGAAGAGGUCGUCGGCAACAUGUUGCUCAUUCGAAGUUCGAACGAAAUGGUGUACCCCACUUAAGAAUGCAAUUCUACGUCCAAGGAAUCAGGAACAAAGCCACAGUGCAUUUAGAAAUGAAAGAAACCUCAGGCAAAUUCACUUAUCGCUACCUUUUUGUCCAACUUGAUCAUUAUCCUAAUACAACAAUAAUUUUAGAAGACAACAGGUUGUCUGACCAGCUAUCAGUUGUAGGCUCAGAGAUGGAACUUACCCAGUGAGCCAAAAAAUCCCAGAACUGAAAAUAAAUGUUUGCUUAAAGCUUCUUACUUACUUUCUUCCUUCUUUUGUUAUCGUAGACUAAAUAUAUAAAUUGAAACCAAAAAUAUCAAA